AUGCAGGCAUUUCAAAAGGCCAUCAGAGUUCGAAUCAAAGAAGAGACCGAAGUGAUCGAAGGCGAAGUUGUCGAAAUCAAAAUUGUCCGCCCUGCUGUGGCCUCGAAGACUGCGAUAUUGACCUUAAAAACGACGAAGUUGGAGACGGUAUACGAUUGGGGGGCGAAGAUGAUUGAGGCAUUGUGGAAAGAAAAAAUUCAGAGUGGGGAUGUUAUUGCCAUCGAUAAGGCCUUCGGGAAAGUCGCGAUUCGCGAAGCUUGGGAGGUCGUUUUCGCGGUCCAGGGAUUACGAUGCGAAGGGCCACAGAUAAAGUUCGUUCAAUGUCCUGACGGAGAGUUGCAGGAGCGGAAAGAGGUUGUACAUUGCAUUACUCUUCAUGAGAUUGACGUUAUCAACAUCAGGUAUGGAUUUAUAUGCUUCACUGAUGUUGAAGAAUGCGCAUUUUUAGUGAUUGUGUCGUUUGAAUUCCCUUUCAGUAUGCAUAUGAAGUUUAAUUUAGGUUUAGGCCUGGAGUCUGCUGGUAUUGAACAUUUGGAUUUCCGUACCUAUAUGGCUUUCGAGACAGCAACUAUGACCCCUCAAUUCUAG